AUGAAUCACUAUCUCUGUUUCAAAUUAAUUAAAAGUAGAGAGAUAGAGAGAGAGAAAGCAAUUUUUAUUUUUAUUUAAUUUUUUUUUUUUGGUGAAAAAGGUUUCGUUUAUGUAAAAAGCAUGGCUUUCUCUUGAAAAGAAGCUCUGCAAAGAAAACCUCCCGGAAGAGACUUCCUCCUAUGGCUGUCCAAAGGACUUCCUCUUCCCUCAUAGCAGAGAGACCUUUGAAGAACCACGUGUAAGAGGACGAACAAGGGAAUCCUAGUUACCUAGCUUUGAGAUAUCAAUGACUCCUAAGCGAAGGAAUGGCGGAGGAAAUAUAAAUGUAUGGCCAAGCAGACACAACCAUCAUAUGUGUGGACCUAGUUCUUCCAAGAGAAAGCCAAAACCACAUUUUUUCAAGAUGAUCAUUCAAUCCACUAUUGACAACAAAAAACUUAAAAUCCCAAAAGUAUUUGUGAAGAUUUAUGGCAAGGAACUGGCUUCAUCAGUUGCUACCGUCUCUCUUCCAGAUGGUCGCACUUGGAAACUGGGUUUGGAGAGAGCUAAUGGAAGAACUUCAUUUGUAGUUGGGUGGCAGAGAUUUGUGGAUCAUUACUCUAUCCGUUCUGGAUAUUGUUUACUAUUUAGAUAUGAUGGAUUUUCAAAAUUCCAUGUCUAUAUACUUGAUAAUAGAAGCAUUGAGAUAUAUUACCCGUACAAUGCUCAAAGCGCUACUUUUGAUGAUGAUUCUGAAGAUCAUGAGGUGGAACCUACAUAUGAUGACGAUGAUGAUGAUGAUGACGAGGACGGUGCUGCUGCUGAUGAUGACGACAGCGACGUCGAUGAUGAUUUUGAACCCAACACACACUUCUCAUCUAAAAGAAUGAUACACAUCAAUGGAUCUUUAGUUCAACAGGGUAGAAAAAGGACGAUUAUGUCCCCAGGUGAUGGUGGUUUGUCAGCUACAGAUGAGGGACAAAUGUUGUUUACUAGUAGAAAUUUCUCCCAAAUUAAGAUUACCAAGGAAAGUACCCGGAGAGCAAUUCAAGCUGCUACAGAACGCAAGCUUAAAAAUCCUUCUUUCAUGGUUGUCAUGGAGCAAAAUAAUACAGAACGCCAUAACUGUCCGAAUGUGCCAGCAGAGUUUGUUAAGAAGUACAUGAUGAACAGCUCAGAAUAUAUAAACCUUGGGAUUCCUAGAAGAAAAAAGCAGUGGCAUGUGAGGUGUACUCCAAUACACAAAAAUAGAUGGGCUAUGAAAUUGAGCAAAGGAUGGGGUGCAUUUAAGAGGGACAACAAGUUGAAGAAAGAUGAUGUCUGUGUGUUUGAACUUAUGAAGAAGAAUGAUAUUUUGCUGAAAGUUUCAAUAUACCGUGCUGCUGAAUAUGCACAUCGAGGGAUAUAAGAAAGAUAUGCUUGAAACUAGACGUCUUAUUUGUGUGUUAAAAGAUUAUAAAUUUAGCUAUAUAUAUAUAUUAUGUGUUGGACCUGGAUGUUUUGUUUAAUUUAUUGAUAUAGCCCAUCCAGUACACAAAUGGGUUUUAAAGACUAAACUGUAGUUCGUCUUUAUCUUUAUGGAAGUGUAUUAGGAAUUUGUAAGGUUUUAAACAGGGGAAUUUGGC